AUGACGCUGAACACCUUUCACCAGACCGUCCAGAAGGCGAGGAAGAAGAGGCUGGCCCUGGUCCUCGUGCACCCAGAGUGCGACUUCAUCUCACAGCUGAGAGAGGACGAGCAUGCAUGUCUGCAAGCAGCCAGGAGGAUGCCGAACAGCACCUCGGGCUGCCCUAGCACCUGGGAUGGGCUGCUGUGCUGGCCAAAGGCAGCCUCUGGCGAGUGGGUGAGCCUCCCCUGCCCAGAUUUCUUCUCUUACCUCAGCUCAGAGCCAGGGGCUGUGAAGCGGGACUGCACCAUCGCGGGCUGGUCUGAGCCCUUCCCGCCUUAUCCCGAGGCCUGCCCCGUGCCCCUGGAGUUGCUGGCUGAGGAGAAAUCUUACUUCUCCACGGUGAAGAUUGUCUACACCUUGGGCCACAGCAUCUCCGUGGUCACCCUCUUUGCGGCUGUCGCUGUCCUCCUCACUCUCAGGAAGCUCCACUGUUCUCGGAACUACAUCCACACCCAGCUAUUCGCCACCUUUAUCCUCAAGGCCGGAGCUGUGUUCCUGAAGGAUGCGGCCCUCUUCCACGGCGACCACACUGAUCACUGCACCUUCUCGACCGCCCUGUGCAAGGUCUCUGUGGCCGCCUCCCACUUUGCCACCAUGACCAACUUCAGCUGGCUGUUGGCUGAAGCCGUCUACCUGACCUGUCUCUUGGUUUCCACGUCGCCCGGCGUGAGGUGUCCCUUCUGGCGGCUGGUUCUUGCUGGCUGGGGGCUGCCCCUGCUCUUCACCGGCACCUGGGUGGGUUGCAAGUGGGCCUUUGAGGACAUCGCGUGCUGGGAUCUGGACAACAACUCCCCCUACUGGUGGAUCAUCAAAGGCCCCAUCAUCCUCUCUGUCGGGGUGAACUUCGGACUUUUUCUCAAUAUUAUUCGAAUCCUACUGAGGAAACUGGAACCAGCUCAGGGCAGCGUCCACACCCAGUCUCAGUACUGGCGUCUCUCCAAGUCAACGCUUCUUCUCAUCCCUCUGUUCGGAAUCCACUACAUCAUCUUCAACUUCCUGCCUGACAGUGCUGGCCUGGCUAUCCGCCUGCCCCUGGAACUGGGGCUGGGCUCCUUCCAGGGCUUCAUCGUUGCCAUCCUGUACUGCUUCCUCAACCAAGAGGUGCGGGCCGAGCUGUCGAGAUGGUGGCAUGGUGACGACCCCGAGCUUCUGCCAGCACGGAGGACCCACACCCGAUGGGCCCUGCCCUCCCGCUCGGGGCUGAAGGUGCUGACGUCUGUGUGCUAG